CCCCUGGCCGUCCCUGUGGUCACUCUGACCGCACUGACCGCUGACCGCUGGCCGCAGGUGGUGGACAUCAUGCGGGUGAACGUGGACAAGGUGCUGGAGCGGGACCAGAAGCUGUCCGAGCUGGACGACCGGGCGGACGCGCUCCAGGCCGGCGCCUCCCAGUUCGAGACCAGCGCGGCCAAGCUCAAGCGCAAGUACUGGUGGAAGAACCUCAAGAUGAUGAUCAUCCUGGGCGUCAUCUGCGCCAUCGUCCUCAUCAUCAUCAUCG